AUGUUUCAAACAACAAAUGUAACUUCUUCUGCGGUACCAAAUGCUGCUGUUGUUCGUCCUAGUUUUCAAAUAAUGAAUACAUCAAAUAAUCAUCAUACGCUUGUACCAUCUUCUUCUACAACAAAUCCUCCAUGGCUUUUAACAACGCCAACACCAUCAGUUGUUUCAAUAUUAAAUGGAAAUUCUUCAACAUUUUAUAUAGCAACACAAUCAUCAACAACAACAAGUAAUAUUAUUCGUCAAUCUGCACAAACAGUACGUCAUAUAACACCAUCAUUUACAAUAAUUAAUAAUAGUAAUACAGCAAUAAGUGGACAAAUGCCAAUAAUAUCAUCUUCAAAUAAUAAUUUGCCAUUGAAUACUUGUGUUGAGACAUCUAUUCUUGGACGAUUAACACCAUCAACAAUUCAACGACAACCAAUACCUUGUGAAAAUUUAGAAGAACAGACUUCAUUAGGUAAUGAUAUCGAUAUAGAAUGUAAUCAACAAGAUUCUGAAAUAGAAUUAUUUGUAAAUAAUAUUGUAUGUUCAUUUGCACUUGGUUGUAAAUUGAAUCUACGUAAAAUUGCUAUGGAAGCUGCAAAUGUUAUAUAUAAACGUGAUCAUGCGAUGGUAUUGAUGAAGAUUCGAAAACCAUAUUGUUCAGCCAACGUCUGGUCAUCGGGCAAAGUGAUAGUAACAGGAACAACGAGUGAGGAUGAUGCGCAACGUGCAGCGCGACGUAUUGCUCGAUGUUUACAACGGCUUGGAUUCAAAACCAAGUUUCGAAAUUACCGUAUUGUCAAUUGUCUUGCGACAUGUUCAAUGCCAUGGCCAAUUGAUAUUAUUAAAUUGAGUCGAAUGUAUCCAGAAUAUGUCAGUUAUGAACCCGAAAUUCAUCCGGGUGCUACAGUCAGAUUAAACAAUAAAGUUGUUCUCAAAGUUUUUACGACUGGUAGUGUUACAUUGACAGGAAAACAAUUUGGAACAUGUUUAUAUCGACGAUUAAAUAUGACACCAUUAUCGACUAGUAUAUCUCCAUCAAUUGGAUACCAACCUACUAGUUGUCGUAUACCUUUACCUCAACAGUUACCAUCCUCACAGAGAGUUCCGAUGCCUGCUAUACUUCCAGCUUCGAUAACAACAACAAAUACAAUAUCUAUACUAGAUAAAUGUUCUUUGCAUGAUGAUCUUCUUUAUUAUGAUUGUCCAUCGAUAACAAAUGAAAAAAUUCAAUGUGCUUGGACAUCAACAAAUUAUCGUUAUAAACGUCAAAGACGUGUACGUAAUCAUCCGAGUCGGUUAACAAAUACUGUUGCAUAUCGUUCACGUCGUAUGCGUUUACAUCAUAAAAAGAAAUGGUUAAAAAAAUUUAAAUAUGAUUUACUUAAAAAAUUACGCGAAAAAAUAAAACGUCGUGGCAAAUUAUUUGACAUGGAAAAUUCAAUUAUACUUGGUAAAGCUGAACAAUUUAAUGCUGAACAUUAUGUUAAACGUGAAUUAGAAAAAGCAAGAUUUUAUGGUUAUCGUGUAUCACCUGUUUAUGAUCAGAUACGAGAUCAGAUAAACCAUCUUAAAAUAGAAUAG